GGAGUGGCAUGCGCUCAUAAAAACGAUGAGGCCAACUGUGAGGACACACACUUGUUGAGAAGCAGAGACUCACAGAUGGAAGGUCUGAGCAUUCAGAAUGUUAACCUGGAGCAUUUCGAAAACCUUGAAAGGCACAAGACACAGGGCUUCCUCAGUUCAAAGGCUCUGGUGGUGCGAAGAGGAGAACCGUUCAGAAUCACCGUGUAUUUGAGGGGCCGACCUUUCAACCCCAGGACUGAUUCCUUGAAGAUCAAAAUUAUGCUAGGUCGACUGAGUUUGACGCUGCCGGUCACGUCCUCCCAAAACUCACCAUUGUCUGAUUGGAAUGCAUAUUUCGAUCCAAAGAGCAACAACUUCCGGAACCCCUCCAUUCUUAUCCGCCCCUCGGCCUCUGCCCCAGUGGGCUACUAUGAGUUUCAGUUGUUUGUUGUCCCACAAAAUAGCCUGGGAAGUCCUACUUUCAGCAGCUUUGUCCUGCUCUGCAACCCCUGGUGUUCAGAGGAUUCAGUGUUCCUUCCGUUUGAAGAUCAAAGAGAGGAGUAUGUCCUGAGAGACUAUGGGUUGGUGUUUAUGGGGACACCUAUGAACACCGUGUCAAGACCAUGGUCCUAUGAUCUGUAUGAGUCUGGUGUUUUGGAGGCAUGCAUGAAUCUGCUUGAAGUCAGCCCCCAGCACCAAAGGAACCCAAAUAUGGACUACCUGGAGCGAAGCGACCCUGUCUACAUAGGCCGGGUUGUGUCUGCCAUGGUUAACAGCGAGGAUGAUCGAGGAGUGGUAAAAGGAAACUGGUCAGACAACUUUGAUCAGGGGGUCCAUCCUUCCCUGUGGACAGGAAGUGGGGACAUCUUGAGACAGUGGGCCCAGAGUGGCUUCAGUCCCGUCAAGUACGGGCAGUGCUGGGUGUUUGCAGCUGUCAUGUGUACAGCCAUGAGAGUCCUGGGCAUUCCUUGUCGUGUCAUCACAAACUAUAACUCUGCCCAUGACGCCAAUGGGAACCUGGUGAUUGAGGAGGUCUACAAUGAAACAGGGCAGAAGCUGAACCUCAGCAGAGACAGCAUAUGGAACUUUCAUGUGUGGGUGGAGUGCUGGAUGACUCGCAAGGAUCUGGGAUCCAAUAUGGAUGGCUGGCAGGUUCUUGACCCAACACCACAGGAAAGGAGUAAAGGGGUGUAUUGCUGUGGCCCAGCUCCAGUCAAAGCCAUAAGGAGUCAGCGCACUGAUGUGCCUUAUGAUGUCCCGUUUGUCUAUGCUGAAGUGAAUGCAGAUGUGCACACCAUCAUAAUGGCGCAGGGCAAGGUGAUCAACGUCAGCAAAGACACAGAAAGAGUUGGAGCUCUCAUCUGCACUAAAGCUGUGGGCGUUCCAAGACUGCAGGACAUCACAGGAAGCUACAAAUAUGUCGAAAUCCCAGCAGUCCCAGCAGUCCCAGCAGCUUUAACUAUUUCUUCAAGAAGUUCCACAAUGCCGGAUGUCUCCACGAUGAGUAGAGCUGCCUCAUCCAAGGGAGUUUUGGUCUCAACGUCCCUGGACAAAUCCCCUGUUGUCGGGGAGCCGAUCCGCUUAACAGUGAAAGUUACAAACAGGGAGAGAGUGGCCAAGAAGGUGGAAGUGCAUAUCAACGCUCAGGCCAAAGAUUACAGCCACAACCCCUCUGACACCUUUUGGGAAAAUCACGAUGUUAUCCAGCUGGGACCCAUGGAAGGCAAGGUGCUGCGUCACCAAAUCCUUCCAGAACAGUAUGAGGACGCAGUGGGGGACAAGCUGAUCAACCUGGCGGUUGUUCUACAGGACAUGUCCACUCUGGAGCGGAUCCUGACCUCAGAGGAGUUCAACAUUGUCAGCCCAGACCUCAUCAUUCAGGUUGUUGACAAAAAUGUGGUACCAAAUAAAGAACACACAGCCAUAGUGACCUUCACCAACCCAUUUACUCACCCUGUGAGCGGAGUACUGACUGUGACAGGGGCCGGACUGCUCCAAGAAAAGAUUCAGUUCAGGAUCCGUGAACUGCGUCCAGGUGGAAGAGUGGAGAACAGCGUCAAGUUCACUCCCAAAAUGGUGGGGAGGAUGAUGCUGCACGCCAGCCUGUCACUUUCAGAGGCCAACAUCAUAAUAAGAGGCUUCGUGGUGAUCUCUGUCAACAGUAUUUAGUUCAGUUUCUCUCUGCUGCAAAAGAAACACUGGUUUAUUUUGUUGAUCUAUUUAUUUUUUUAAGUGGAUUUUAUUUUUUUUAUUGAUUUUACAUGUAUGAACCUAGUUCAGGAAAAUAACAAGCUACUCAAAUGUUUUUUUCAAUACUUGUAAAAGACCAAAUGUUUCCAAUGUACUCUAACAAUGUAACUGAUUUAAAAAUCAAUAAAAAUAAAAAAUAAUUACUCAAAUUG